AUGUCAUGUGACGAACGAUGGAAAUGGCUGGCCAGCGAGGAUUGCUUCAAAUGGACAGAAUGUUUCCUUGGAGUAUGCCCAUUUGAAGCCGAGAAUAGAGGAUCGGCCAUGGACGUGUCCUUCUGCGGCGAUGGGCAGUGUGACGAGGGCUCGGAAGACCGUGAUAAUUGUCCAACUGAUUGCUGUGAAGUUUACAAUAAAAAAUGUCUAGUUACUAAUAAUACCUGCCCUGACGCCUGCUGUUCAACGCCAUCGUGUUGUGAUGCCAGGUUUGGUAUGCUCAAUACAUCCCAGGUGUGGCUCGUUAUCAUCGUCAGCGUCGUAGGCUCCAUCCUCCUCAUCAACUUUAUCUGUUGUUGCUGCUGCUUCUGCUGCUUCAGGAAGUGUUGUGGUAGUAAAGGAAACAGCCGGAAUGCGGUUGUGUGAUCGUCACCACAAGUUGUGCGCGACGAAUUUAGUCGUUAAUUUAAGAAAUUGAAUGUAUUCGUCUAUAAUUUGCAUACAACAGCGAGUUUUAGAUUUGCGAGGUAACGUCUGUAACGCGAUCAUCUCGUCAAAAAUAUUGUUAUGUGCCUGCCCAAGGCAAUGCUGACAAAUGACCGCGUCACAAAUCUAAAACAGCCUAUUCCGGAAAAUUCCCCUGAACGCAGGAAGAACGUAGGAACCUAGGACGGCGAGCAGCAUCGUUGAUGCAUGAGUGGAACAAGGAAUUUAGGUUGGCGUUCUCGGGAAUUUUCCCGGUCUGUAACGUAAAGCUACGAGGAGAAUGUUUUUUUUAAGUCUUCCAUGUUUCAUAUCCAUCAAUCAUAAUCCGAAUAAAUAUAUACUCUUAGAAAAAAUGUGCCGAUUAGAACGUUUCUUUUCCCCGUAUUUGAAACCUGUUAAGGUUCCUAAAAGAAGCAGAAAAGGGUACUAAACAGUCCUCUAGAAACCUGUUGGGUUCUACAAGGAACCCUUAAGAUUCUUCUGUACAACAUGCGAUUCUUUCCAGAACCCCUUACGUCGUACUAGAACCUUAAAGGGUUCUAUGUAGACCAGGGGGGCGUUUCGUCAAGCUGUUCGUAAGUUAAGAAUGACUUUAAGAACGAUUGGUUAUCCUUUCUUUUGGUAAAUGAUAUUCACCAAUAAAUGUUCAUUGGUAAGUAUAGGUUCACCAGUCGUUCUUAAAGUCGCUUUUACUUACGAACAGCUUUGAAACACCCACUGCCCCCAGGAAGAUUCUAAAGUUUCGAAGAAUCUUAGAAGUUUCUAAAUACGGGACAAAGAAAGGUUCUAAAAUUUCUAAGAAUGUACUGUAUAGCAGAGAACUUAUAACUUUUCCCCUUUUCCUGUAGACUUGCUAAAACUGUUUGAAUUAUAAUAAUCAUAAUUACAAUUCUAUGUCUUAACGUCCUUAAAACUUGUACUAUAUGAAUCAUAUUUAUUUUUUUAAACUGCAUAUUGAACAUAUUGAAAACUACUUAAAAUCGACCACUAAAUUUUAUAUGAUUAUUGUAUACCUAGUGCGUAUGGAAAAUUGUCUUUCGCGAUUGUUUGUCAACAUACAUAGAUUUUGCCAUUGGUAUGGUCUCAUCGAAACUGUAGACCGAAUCAAACUUGCCACUAGUUAAUAGUUGGUGAUAGUUAUUAACGCUUUGACCACUUUUUAAUACGUUUGGUCAUUAUGCCCUUUACUAUAUUUACCAAAAGCAUGGUCGUAAGAAGCCCCUCCCGAAAUUGUUAAACAUUAAUUUUAAAUUAGCAACCCCAAAACACCAAAAGUGUAAAAAUUGCCCCUAAAUUUUAUUUGAAAUAAUCACGCCCUCAAACGCUCUUAUGAUGCACUCGGUACCUUCUCUCACUCACUCAACAUUUUCCAUAUUCUGAACCCCUCAUAAAAAAUCGUGAAAAAAGCCAUGAACCCUAUGAUAAUAGUGUUUUGAAUACAAUAGUAGCGUGGGAAUAAUCUCAUAUUUGGUAUCGGAAGCAAGGAGUGCUGUUUUUGGCUAGUCAGUUCCUUCCGUCGAAGAUCAGAAACAAUGAUCAGGGCCAGGGCCCUUUUGCAGAAAUAGUUGAAAUCAAACGCAACUAUUAAAAUCAAUCGCGACUUAAUUUUCAACCAAUCAGCAGCACGCAUUUUGGGACUUUACUUGCGUUUAAACGCAUAUCUUGAUGCCCCAGAUCAUAAAGGGCUAUGAGCGAAUUUGAUGUGACCUCUCACAGAGGCCUUUCUCUUGUGUGUGUUAUCUAUCGAGCUAUGAUUUUUUAAUAGAAAUUAUCAAUUUAUGAUGUGCAAUGCAUUAAUACCUCAAAAAACUGCAUUAAGAAAAUCACGAUUCAUAAUUAUCGUUUCAACCAGGGGCGGUUCUCGGUUAUUUUGAUGUAAGCUAUAGUGGGGGGGGGGGGGGGUGGGAUAGGGGUGAUUGACUUAAAUGUGAUGUUUUAUUUCUUAAUUAAGCUGAAGGGGUCGUUACACAACUCAGCUCACUCCUUGUGAUAUUGCUUUGUCUCAACUCCGAGGGGGGGGGGGGGGGGGGUGGGGACCUUUUCCAUUCCAUCGGGGGAUCGCGACAGGUCGGGUCGUCGAGUAACCCGAUCUUUCGUGAAAAGGGCCCCCUAGUUUCCGAAAGGUUGGUCCAAAAUCGAAUCUUUGGAAGGCUGAUAAAAACUUACGUUCAGAUACCUAUUAUUGGAAGAUUCAUUUUACCACAAAGAGAGUGUAACAUGACUUACGAGUGGUGCAAAUCAGCAAUUGUGCAAUAUGUGCGGCAAAAUUGAUUUAUUGGCUUACCUCUAGAAAUACUUUUAAUUGUCAUGUUUUCGGUUACAACGAACUAACUCUUAACUUCAGAGCUUUCAUAGAGCUCAUCCUACACAUUAUACAAUGAAGUCGGGUUUUUAUUACUGAAUGCGGGUCUGAAUUAUGAAAACGGGAAGAUCAAAUAAUGCUGUUAACCUUUUGGUGUUGUAAAAUAUGAAAGAGUUAAUGAAAGCAAUAUUUAUUAUUUUUCAUAUAUGUGUUAUUUUGCGUGUGUUAUAUUAUGUGGUGUAGUCAUUGGUAGAAUGUCUUGUUUUUAUGCUCAUAGAGAAUUCAUUUAAUUAUAAUGUACUCACUGACUUGUUUCCUGUGUAGUGAUAAAAGAGUGAUAAUCACUCGAUUUCCACUGUAAUUUUGUUAGGAAGAUUGAUAGUUUCGUUUAAAUGUAUUUAAAUUGUGUGUUUUACUAUAGAUAGUUAUUAGUAUGAUGUAGUUGUUAAUGUCUUUAUUAUUAAAGACCCGAAGCCAGCUAACACAUCACUGCCAUGAUCGUGAAAGCUUCGAUAACAUCUGCCGAUUAGGCAGCGAUGAAUUGUAUAACGAAAAUUAUUAUUAUGUAAUGCUUAUCUCUCUGUUUUGCCUUAUGUACACAGUAAUGCGAUUAUUAUUUUGAAACUGCAAAUAUUAUGUGAACAAUUGCAAGUUUUGAUGAAUUAAAGUACGUCUACUCGAAAAUCUUGAAAAUUUAAGGAAUUCAAGGAAUAUCCCUUAAAUAUGAAUAGGAGCGAGGAUCCCGAAGCCAUUUCAUAUCCCCUCUUAAUCUGCUCAAUAUAAUCUUUAAAAAAAAAUCAAUGAUUAAAUGAAAGCGUGCUAAAUAUAUUACACACCCCAAACUGUAAUAUGUUUCGGCAGCUCAUAUUUUUUUUUAAAUAUAAAUAGCUAAAAGUAAGUUAUUGUCGUAUAGCAUAUUCCGACCAUUGUUUGCAGUUCCAAAGUAUGUAGUUACAUUUGCUGUGAUUAUAUGAAAAGUAAUAAUUACUUUAUAGUCUCUAUUUUGAUUGUCAUCAUUAAUGUAUUGUAAAAACUAUUUUUCUUGAUAUUGUUAAUUUUGUUAUGUCUCUGUUACGGAAGCUUUACGGUGUCAUCUCCUUGACGGGUGGUGACAUAUAAGGUAUGCUAUACCGUGUCGACUUCUAAACAGGUAGACCAAUAUGUCGUCAUGUUGGCAUAAUUUCGUGUUGAUUAAAUUUAAUAAGAUAGUUGAUGCUGCUAUGUCGGCCUAUAGCAAUUCAUGUCUACAUGUCAACGUAUAAAGUUUUAGAAGUCGGCCUGGCAAUGCAUGUCAUCAUGGAGACAUAAUUAUGAUGAUAAUGAAGAUGAUGAUGACACCAUUAAUAGCGCCAUUU